AUGUCAACUUAUGCGCUCGUCGGUAUUGCAGAAAUAUGUUUUAUGACAGCACCUGUGGAUCAAUGCAAGGAAUGCUGCCCAAGAAAUGAAACUCUUGAUAUACAAUAUAAAUUAUUUACAAGGUCAAAUCCUACGAUAUUUCAAGUUAUACCGUCGAACGACGUCGCCGGACUUCGUGCCUCGGGUUUUAACUUGAAUAAUCCCACUGUCAUAUACCUGAUGGGGUUUUCUGAGUCCUCAAGUGGUAUUAGUACCUCUACUGUGAGAAACGCAUUCCUGACUGCAGAUGAUUACAAUUUUAUCGCAGUGGAUUGGUCGAGGCUCAUCGCCUUUCCAUGGUACAUAACAGCAGUUCGAAAUACACGUUACAUGGGUAGACAAUUAGCUAACUUUAUACAGUUCCUAAAUGAAAAUGGGUUUCCAGCGUCAAGUGUUCACAUAGUAGGUUUCUCUCUGGGCGCGGAGGCAGCCGGCUUCGCAGGGAAGCAGUUGCGGUCACGAGGAUUGCUGGUCGGCAGGAUUACAGGUUUAGAUCCAGCAUAUCCGGGGUACAGUUUCACCAACAACGAUGGCCAUCUUGCUAAAGGUGACGCAGCAUUUGUUGAUGUGCUGCAUACGAAUCCUGUCCUUGGGUUCCCAACGCCGAUUGGCGAUGUGGAUUUCUAUGCGAAUGCUGGUUCUUUCAUACAACCGGGAUGUUGGAUAGAUGAGUUAUUUAAAAACUCGGAGUUUGCCUAUAUAUAUGGUUGUAGCCACGUUCGUGCUUGGCGACUCUAUGCAGAAUCUUUGAGCAACCCUUACGGGUUUCCUGCGACACGGUGCAGAGACUGGACCUCAGCGUCCAGACGGUGCAGGUUUGAGACGGAUGGAUAUAUGGGAAUUGCCGCUUCAGCAACGUUGACCGGCAAAAUGUAUUUUCAUACAAACAGCAAACCUCCAUUUGCCAAAAACGGUCCAUAA